CCUUCCGGAAUAAUUUAUGCUAAUGUAUCCUGCACCCUGUUUCUUGGCAGCUGCUCGUCCCGACAGCCAGCGCCUUCCUCCAAGAGGGAGCCCCCUUCAGAAGCUUCUCAGGAUCCCAGAAGUGGGGAAGGAAAACCAACAUUUUUUUUAAAAAAACAAACCCUCCCAAACAACCAAAAGGGAUUUUCCAUCUGAAACUGGCAUUUGUGUCUGUGUGUGUGUCUCCCUUACUCCACCCUUGCCUGCACCGCUGUGUGCUGGCUUACAGCCUCUCUCCACUGCAUUUUGGAGAAGAAAGUGACGUCUUCUCUUCGAAAGGCAGAAGAAACACAGCGAUCCACACAUAGGAGUAUUUAUUUCUGAUCCGGAGUCUUUAUAUCCAGGGGCAAAGUGCAUGCGGUGCUUUUAUACCUGAAGCUCGGGUGAUCAGUAAGUUUAGAGCUGGAAGAAUAUCCCCCAGAAGAUCUCUUGACUGAGGUGCUUUUGCUUGGAAUCUCUUGAACUCCUCAAAGUUCUGGACCAGCCCACCAAAGUCUGAUAUAGAAGAACUACAGACACCACCCAUAGAAUCUCGGUUUCAUCUCAGCUCCUUGGAAGAUUAGAGACCCAUUAGCUCCCUGGAUUCUCUUUGGGUGCUAGAUCCCAACAGCUUUUUGGUCAGGUUCGAGGGCCUUGCCUACUUCUGUCAAUCCUGAUCUCAUUCUUGAAAGGUCUGCAGGCUGUCUGUCGAGACUUCAAUCUCCAACGAAAGUCCCCUCCUCUUCCACCGCACCUCCAGCUUCUUCGAUUUACAGUCCACUUGCAAGGGACCGGGCUCCGUGCCAUUCUCACCGGGCUGCCAAGAUGUUCAGCUGGAUGAAGAAGAACGAGAAGAAGAACCCCGAAGUGAUCCGUACGGUCACCGAGGGCCUGAAGGACCUCUACAAGAGGAAGCUGCUGCCCGUGGAAGAGUACUACCGGUUCCACGACUUCCAUUCCCCGUCCCUGGAAGAUGCCGACUUUGACAAUAAACCCAUGGUGCUGGUGGUGGGGCAGUAUUCUACCGGCAAGACCACCUUCAUCAAAUACCUGCUGGAGCAGGACAUCCCUGGGAGCCGCAUUGGGCCUGAGCCCACCACAGACUCUUUCAUUGCCGUCAUGCACGGCGAAACGGAGGGCAUCAUUCCGGGCAACGCUCUCAUCGUGGACCCCAAAAAGCCCUUCCGGAAACUCAACCCCUUUGGGAACACCUUUCUCAACCGGUUCAUGUGUGCCCACUUGCCAAACCAGGUUCUGGAGAGCAUCAGCCUUAUCGACACCCCAGGGAUCCUUUCUGGUGCUAAGCAGCGUGUGUGCCGAGGCUACGACUUCCCGGCAGUGUUGCAGUGGUUUGCCGAGCGCGUGGACCUCAUCAUCCUCCUCUUUGACGCCCACAAGCUGGAGAUCUCAGACGAGUUCUCGGAGGCCAUCCGGGCCCUCAAGGGCAACGAGGACAAGAUCCGGGUGGUCCUGAACAAGGCCGACAUGGUGGAGACGCAGCAGCUGAUGCGGGUCUAUGGCGCCCUCAUGUGGUCGCUGGGCAAAGUGUUCAACACGCCCGAGGUGCUGCGUGUCUACAUCGGGUCCUUCUGGUCGGAGCCCCUGAUGAUCUCCGAUAACCGACGGCUCUUUGAGCUCGAGGAGCAGGACUUGUUCACGGACAUCCAGAACCUGCCUCGGAAUUCUGCCCUGAGGAAGCUUAACGAUUUGGUCAAGAGAGCCCGUCUGGUCAGGGUGCAUGCUCACAUCAUCAGCCACCUGAAGAGAGAGAUGCCGUCUGUCUUUGGCAAGGACAACAAGAAGAAAGCGCUGAUUGCCAAGCUGCCCGUCAUCUUCGCCAAGAUCCAACUUGAGCAUCACAUCUCGCCGGGCGAUUUCCCCGACUGCGACAAGAUGCAGGAGAUGCUCAUGGUGCACGACUUCACCAAAUUCCACGGGCUGAAGCCGCGCAUGGUGGAUGCUCUGGACGAACUGCUGACACUGGACAUUGCCAAGCUGAUGCCCCUUCUGCGCCAGGAGGAGGUGGAGGUCCCCGAGCAGAUUGUGCACGGCGGUGCCUUCGAAGGCACCCGCAACGGCCCCUUCAUCGAAGGGGCGACUGAGGGAGCCUACGAGGGCAUGGACGACGACGAGUGGGUUGUGACCAAGGACAAGCCCAAAUAUGACGAGAUCUUCUACAACCUGUCCCCUAUGGAUGGCAAGCUGAGCGGCACCAAAGCCAAAAACUGGAUGGUCGGCACCAAGCUGCCCAACUCAGUCCUCGGCAAGAUCUGGAAGCUCAGUGACGUCGACCGCGACGGCAUGCUGGAUGACGAGGAGUUUGCUCUUGCCAGCCACCUCAUUGAGGUCAAGCUGGAGGGCCAUGGCCUGCCCUCCGACCUGCCCCGCCACCUUGUGCCGCCCUCCAAGCGUCGGCAGAAGGGGUCGGCAGAGUAAGGAAUCUCCCCAAGCUGGCCUCCAUCCCUACGCCAGGCUUGAACUGCUCCAGUAGGCCCUGGUUUGGCGCCGGCUUUCCGUUUUCCGCCCAUAUCUGGCUCAAAGCCCUUGUGAAGGCCUCGUUCUUGCACAGCAUGGCAGGUCCUGUUUCCUGCUCCCUCCUUCAAGCCAGUAACCACUUCUGCCUUCUUCUUUGUCCCUACCGGACAGGCUUCAGUUCCUCACGUAGGCCUUAAUUCUCCAAGCAUCGUUUCAACUACUUCAGCUGGGCUCACGGUCCAGGUUUCCACUUCCUUCUCCCAGGCCUAGUUGGGCCAGUGCGUUGGUCUUCACUCGUGCCGUACUUUCCUUUCGCAAAAAAAGGGUUCCCUGCGGCAAUGCUGCAAUAGUUAUCUCACGCUUGAGCUACCUGCUUCCACAGCACCAGCCUCAGACUGUUCUGUUGCUGCUCGCAAAUGAAGAGAACCUUGACCCAAGAAUCUUGACCUUUUUUUCACUGGGUCUUGGCCUUGUUGCCAGCUCAGACUCCAAUGUGUGCCCUUUUCAUUCCUCUGGCUCCAUUAGAAACCUUCUCUACGUUGAACCUCCUUAGCUGGACACCUCAAGACUGCUCGGGUACAUUAUUCUGGCCGGGCCUUAUGGACAGCGACUGUCAAAGGUUUCCUGGGUGGCAUUUUGCUGCCGGCAUUACUCCAUCAGUCAGGGUGGGGGGGCGACGUGAGGCAGGAGUGAAGGAAGACCAGCAAGGAAAAGGACAGAAACAUCAGUCCACACUCAAGUCCACGUGCAAAACUGACCAGGAAGCCUUUAAAGAAAUCAGGAAGAGAGUAUCCAUUGACCCACCCUGGCCUACUGCCAUCAGUAGGCUUGGUUCAACUACAGUGUCCUCUUUUUAGAGCAAGCUUUGCAGAAUGAAUGCUCGCCUAGCAACCCUUACAUGCCAGAGUACAGGACCCUCUAGGGAAGGGCUAUAGCUCAGUGGUAAGGAAUCUGCUUUGCAUGCAGAAGGUCCCAGGUUCGAUCCCCGGCAUUUCCAGGUGAGGCUAAAGAAAUGGAUUGGGCUUGUCAUUUCACAGAUAGUGUUGGUGGCAGAAGAGAGCUUUGCCUGGGGUUUUUUUUCCAUCCUUGCAAGUGAAAAUUAUGCCUUGGGUGUUUGUUGGCUUGGGAAAGCAAAGUAGAAACCAUGGGCUAGAUAGAUAAACCAAGUUAAACGAACUCCCUUAUUUUCCAUUGGAGGGAUGCCCCUCACAGCGAGAGCCUGCCUGGAAUGUGCAAAACCCCUCAGGGAAAACAAGGAGAGUUGGGCCAGCAGGAAACCAGCAAAUAUUGGAAGUGCCCCCUGGCACUUCUCAAGAGAAUGCUUGAGGUGGCAGCGUUUCAAAUCCAGCCUUUGAGAUGGCCCCCUUUGCAGACCAGGGAAGCAAAAGCGUCUUCCACCUGGAGACGGGAUUAAGAGCGCUUGCCUCAGUGAAACAGGCAUUUCCCCCAACCACCCCACUUUCUGGGAAGACACUUGCAGAAGCAAGAGCUUAUUGGCGAGUGCCUUCCCAAGUGUUAUGGGGUGUAUUGGGGAUAUGGGGUGGAAGCUCCUACACAGGAACAAAAGAGGUGGCGAAGGCCACCAACCUGGGUGGCUUUAAAAGAGGAGUAGACAAAUUCAUGGGUGAAAACGCUGUCUAUCCCCCUCAGCCAUUAUAGCCGUUGCUACCUCCCCUCUCAUAGGCAGUGUGCAUUCAAAUACCACUUGCUAGGAAUUGCAAGGGGGGGGGAGUGCUGUUGCAAUCUGGUCCUGCUUUUCAGGCUUCCCAAAUUGGCAUCCAGUUGGCCACUGUGAACCCAAGAUGGCCCACUGAUCUGAUCCAGCAGGAUUCUUCUGAUCCUCUUAGCAAGCUCUGCUUUAGCCCACAUUUGCUGCGUUCGAGCCAGAGCCGGCCCUACCAGUAGGCAAGAGGCAAAAACCUGGCCUUCAUGUUCACAGGCCAGAUUUCGGGUGGGUACCACUGAAAGGCGUCGUCAUUUGCUUCGUUUGUCGUUAAGCUUUUCAUCAUCCCUGAGGCAGGCUGCCGCUCUGUUUUCUCAGCCUCAGAAAACCAAAUGGCUUGGAGCCUUCUCUGGGCUCAAGUAGGGUCGUUCCCUACGGAGGCCUGCGACACGGUGAGGAAGUUUGCUGCCGUCCCAUCCACUCCCCAAAAGCCUCUGCUGGCUUUUGAGAAAACACACCUCAAUUGCUUUAGCUGCCUGUUUGUGCUGACUACUAAAAUAGCUUCCAUUCCUAGGCCUGAAUACUGCCACACCCCAAGCCCUCCUGGGAUUUAGCUUCCUCCAAACAUCAUGCUUUUUCUACUGGCCAAAGGCCAGGUAGAGGCCUGGGUUUACCUCACAGCCAAGAAGAUCUCCAUCCAUUGGCAAGGGUGAGGUGGUUGAGAAAGUUGAAUAAGGGCUGGUGUCCAGAUGGGCAGUCUAUGGCUUGAGGCUUGCAUUGGACUAAGGCAGCCGAAGUUGGGAAUCGGGGAGCAAUCUGCUUCAGCUUGCACUUAAAGAUGAACUAACCUAAUCCGCACGCCCCAAAACAAUAUGCAAACCAAAAACGCAGCCACCCUUUGAAAUUUGCACUUUUCUGUUAUCCAGCUAAAUAAAAAGAUGAACGUGUUAGCCGAGAGGCUGCAUAGAAAUGCAUAUAUUACUGAAAAUAACCACAAGGCAUAUUAUUUAUAUCUGGGGAAGUUGCUUGCAAAACAACUGCGCUGGCUUGGCCUGAUGGGAGUUGUAGUCCAAAACAUCUAGAGGGCACCAGGUUGGCGAUGGCUGCAAUUACGCAAUUAACAUAGCACGGGGUUUUUGUGUUGCAAUUUCGAGAGGGCUGUCUGAGUUACCCAUCUGUUGCACCAAAAGCAAAGACAGAAUAUUGCACCACAACUUAAAGACCAACUAAUGUUGUUAUGGCACAAGCCUUUCUGGAAUCAUGAAUUUGUGAGUCUCUAAGGUGCCACAAGGCUCCAGCCCCAACCUUUAUCAUGCUCCCCUCCAGCAAACUUCCCCACCACCAGCAGCUGCUUUUUAUGUAACGAAAACCAUGCACAUUAAUUGCUUUCAUGCAAUAAACUUCGCUGUCUUGUUUGGUCGUCAGUCCAUGCAUUAGCAGUGCCAAAGUUUUGCCUUUUUAUUAUCCUAACACUGUGCCUUAGGCUCACCAUCUUACAUCAUAGCUGCAUUUCUACCCAAGCUGCAGCCUGGAUCUCUUCUGCAACUGAUAGAAAGCCUGCCCUUUGGUGCUAGCUCUGAUCCGAGGGCCCUCUUUCGUAAUUCUGUCCAGACCUCACCCCCGUGCCAUGCACCUCUGCAAGCCUUUCCCCUUGCUGAGAAGACCAAAGUAGUGUUCUGCCCACACUUGAUGCUUCCAAGAUGCUCCUUUUGACCUGGGAGCAUGUCAUAAUGACCCCGUCUAGAACAUUGUAGAUCUGCUUUGGAUUGUUGGGGUUUAUACUAUCUUGGCUUCCCUGCAAAGGACACUGCGGGUUGUCAAUCGCUUAAGGUGCUGAGAAUGAUCUCCUUGAAGAUCCUGUCGCAGACCUACAGUUCCAAGGGGGAGAGGAAGUGGCAGGUAAACCAGUUCAAGCCUGUCGUGUAGACAUGGCCUCUGUGUCUCAAUCAGUAGGACUAAAACCGGAGAACCAGCCAUAGAGACAAGUAGGGGGUACAUGGUUCCCCAUCCUCUUUCUUAGGUGCAGCUAACUCCACUAUGGUUCUCCAGAGGACUGUGAAGCACUCCCUGGCAGGGCUGUGCAUGUUCCAUGUUCAAAAUUCAAGAUUUGCACAUUCAGUCUUUGGAAUAUAUUGCGCCACACACUGAAGAGCUUACGCCAUGGGUGACCAACCUUUCAAUGUGAUAUCAUCUUUACAACUAUUACAGGAAUUGUAAAGGAUGCUUGUCCCUUUAAACCUGUAGACCUUCAAGCUGGACCUCCUGCCCCCCCCCGGUGGUGUAGAUGUUCUGGUGUUGAAAGGUUGUCCCCCCUUGACCUAAACAUUGGCUGUCAGCUGUCUGUGAGUCCCCUCAAGUAUCGUGGCUGAGCUGCUGUUAUGUCACAGAAUGUGCGUGAUCAUUAGUGGUUAGAGGGGGCUAUUUACAAUUUACGUGGUUCUUUUGAGAGAGAUGUCUGGUUCUGUGGAAAGAGUUGUGGGAAUGAGGUUCAGAAGAGAUGUCGAUUCCACAUAUCGCUUCAACAUAUCAAGUCUUCUCUGCAAGUUUCUAAUGAUGUAUAUUUGCACAUAUAUGCUUCCAUACUUUUCCUCCUGCUAAUUGAUUUCCCCCCCUCCCUCCCAAAUCAUUGGAGUUCAAAAGAAGAAAGUUAGAGGAAUGUGAAAGAACUCUAGGAGGCGAAGAAACUCGGAGAACUUUCCAACCAUUUAUCUAAAUUCAUGAGGUCUAGCAACUUGCUUUAAAACAAGUAUGUACACCAAAGAAUCGCGAGGUUCUCAAAUGUGUAGCUCUUUGUUGGGCAGCAGAUCCUUUGCUGGCAUGUCAUCCUUUGGGCUGGGUGGGACACAAACAACAUUCCUUUCAUUCAUUGCAUUACUUUGUCAACAAACUUUUGCCAGUAGUCGUGAAGUUCAAAUCUGCUUCCCGGCCUCUCCAGCUGUGUUUUCGCAGUAGCACUUUUUCUUGUCAAGUUUGCUCUCAUGUGAGCACUGUGUGUAGGGAAUAACUGUCACUUUUAUUCCAUCUGCAUUGCUUCAUGUAUACCGGUACCUGCUGGGCUCAGAUCCCUCCCUCUUUCACUGCAUUUCAGCUGCACACUCGAGAUUGUUUGCCCGCUCCAUUCAGCCUUAUUGUUACUAUUGCAAAAGCCAUGUGCUUAUUAUUUCACAUCAAAACAGCAGCAUUUAUCUGCCUACUUUGCUUGCUGUUUGCUUUAGGAGUGACUAGUCGCUGACUUUGGAUAAUUCUAAAUUGGGUGAAACAGACAGGGAGCAGAGAGCGUGUAACCGACAUUCAGGUGGCCUGGUUCUGGUGGAAGCUGUGUGGCACUUACAAGACCAAACAGGUCCCUAGAGUGUGCUUAGAAAACCCCUUGGCCCACUGGUGCAGCUGUAGGUUCCCCAUCCUGUAGGCAGGGCCCUCACCCCUUUAUUCUUAAAAUGCCAACAUCUGCAACCAAAGACUCCAAACUCUGCACCCAGAAUAGAUGAUGAAAGCCACCUAUACAAAAUAUGAAUAUCCUUAUGCGUGUGCAUAUACUGUUUCGCCCAGUUCAUUCUGCUUCCAAACUGUUCCCAGCAGCCCUGCAUUUGCAAGGUCAUUCCCAAUCACCUUACUGCAGAGGCAAGGGCUGAUCUGCAUCCCAGGACUUUGCACCAGCAGAGCUGCCCUGGGCUAUAAAGGGAAGACAGCUCCACAUCAAACCUCAGGAUCAAGGCCAGAAGUUUGAUUCCAUUUUUUUUGGGGGGGGGAUCUAAGGAACCAACUGUCUUCACUGAGACCUCCCUGCUGGUCUUGAUGCCCUUCCUUGGGAGACCCAGGUGUGCAGAGGACCCCCUGCUGCUUCUGCAAUGUGCCUUUGUCACUGUAACAGCAUUUCAGCCUAAAUAAAACAAGUUAUAUUUACCA